AUGGCGGACGGGAGGGUGUGCUUGGCGCUGCUGGUUGCGGCCCUGGCGCUCGCUGGCGCCGUGCUGGGCAGCGCGGACCGCCCGCGGCUCGUGGGGGCCCCGGAGACCAUCUCCAACCUCGACAACGACGAGGGCCUGCAGCGGGCCCUGCAGUUCGCCAUGGCGGAGUACAACAAGGCCAGCAACGACAUGUACUCCAGCCGGGUGGUGCGGAUCAUUAGCGCCAAGCGGCAGGUUGUGGCUGGGAUCAAGUACAUAAUGAAAGUUGAGAUUGCUCGGACAACUUGCCAAAAGCCAGCAACUGAUCUCCAGAGCUGUGCUUUCCCUGAUGCGCCGCAGAUGGCUAAGCAUGCCAUUUGCAACUUCGUAGUGUACAGUGUUCCUUGGCUAAACAAAAUUGAACUACUGGAGCAUAGGUGCCAAUAA